CGCUUGAGCAUCACAUCCACAGACAGGCGCUGACUGACUGGUACUGCUCAGAAAGGACACUAAUUUCAUCACAGAAAUACUCCACUGCCAAAGGUUUGGAACCUUCACAAAAAAGAGAAUGAAUGCUUUCAUCAUAUUCUUUUGCUUUUUCUGUGCAGUCUGUGCAAACCCAAUUACAGUCAAUAUAGAUUUGGAUCCAUCAGCACCAGACACAAACUUGACAGAACCUCUCUUGAUUACACAAUUAUCUGGAAAUGACACCUCAGAAAGUCAGAGUUCACAAUCACAGUCAUCAGAAUCUGUAGAAUCUGCAUCAAGUGACAGUACAUCAGAAGAAAGUGACUCAGUUGAAUCCAAUGAGAACACUGAGAUGCUGGUUGAAACAAGAGAUGACAGCAUGGGCAGUGAAGAGAAUAUUAGGAAGAGCUGGGUUCGAGUAUUUGCGACAGUUGUACGAGACGCCAGCACGGAAGACAACAGCACAGAAGUGAAAGAUCAGCAGAUUCUCAACAAAUUGGCAGCCCAGCAGCCCAUGAUCACCCCCACAGUGAAGACUCUAAAACAGAGCAACAAUCCCAUAGUGUCACUGCUGCAGAAGGCCCAGGCCGCCAGCACCUCCAGCAGUGAGAGCGCAGAAAGCACCGACAACACGGCUCUCAUCAUGGCCGCCACCGCAGACAGCAGCCAGAGUGUGAGCAGCGAGAGCAACGAAACCUCCUCAUCCUCCGAGGCCAGUGACAGUAUGCAGAGCUCAGAAAGUGACGAGGACAGCAACGUGAGCGACAGUGCGGAGCUAAACCAGAUCAUAAACUGCGUGAACGGAACCCAGAGCUGCGAAAGCGAAGAGUACGUCUUUCAGGACAUUGGAGAUGAUGCCAAUUACUCUGUGGACAACUUGAUGGUGCUCGACAAGGACGACAGGGAGCUCAGCCUUAGAAGAUAACAUUAUUCACAUGUAUGAACUGAGAAGUGAUAAUAUCCAUUAAAACAUAGCCUACUGUAAAACCUGCCUGUAACUUCAGAAUGUCUUGUUUCCUCUGUUUUUAUAAGAAGUUUGACUCUAAGUUUUAAACCAAAUUGUGCAAUGUAUAUGUAUGUAUCAAAAUGUGUUUGUUUAUUAAUACAAUUGUGUAAUUUAUACUAACAUACUUUGAUUGAUACUUUGAUUACUUGUGUUUUCUUUAAAGUAACAUCAUGGAAGUAUGAAGUACAUUUUCUGUAUGUGGCACGUCAUCUGCAAAAUUCCACUGAAAGUCAAAACCAUACUUCGAAACAUACGGCUGUAACCAGAGUGGGAAGGAGUUUGCUCAGUAGUCUGGAUUCCUCAUACAAACAUAGGGUGACCAGAUGUCUCUAUUUACCCAGGACAGUCCCAGUUUUGAGUACGGUGUCUCAUGUCACAGCAGUUUUAUCCAAAACCACUGAUUUGCCCCAGUUUUGUAGAGGAAAUGUCCCAGGUGUCCCUAUAUUUGACCGAUUUGAUACACGCCAACCGUACAGAGCGGAAUAUAUUGUUAUUUGUUUAGCUAAAAUACAGAUAACCAUGCUAAGGACCACAAGGCAAAGAAAUGAACUUUGAACCCUCAGAUUGUGCAGGCUACUGACCCACAAGUGAGUCGAGAAUAGACAAUGUUACAUGUUCUUUAAACAGUUUCAUUUAUACAUAUAUAAUUUUGAAAAUCUGGUCACCUUAUACAAACGUCACUUGAGAAUCCACUCUGGGGAAAAGUCUCUGGGGAAGAACUCUGCAGUAAAACUUUCACCACCAGAGAGAAGCCUUGUUUUGUAUGUUUCAAUGUUUAUUUGGUUGUUUUGCAUUUGAC